AUGCCUACCGCAGUGCCGUCGCCCUUCCCCUCCUUUUCUUCGACCAUUAUCGCCGGUGCCACUGCCACUACUACCACUUCUUCUAGUCCUCAGGGCUCUUCUAAGAGCUCUGUUGCCUCAGCAGACACCAGCAUGACCUCCAUCGGCUCCGGAGGUGCUGGUGGUAGUGGCAGUAAUGGUGGUGCUGGCGGAAAGCGGGUCUUGAAGCAUCUCGACGAGUUGAAAUUGAAAAUAGAUGCUGAGAAGCCAAAACCCUCUCUCUCGAUUGGAGCGCUGUUGAUGCUUGCCCAGCGCCGGUUCAAAGCCGCCCUCAUGAACAUCGAAUUCCAACGGUUGGACCUUGCAUAUGUCGACUUCAACGUCUCCAUGGACAUUCUCAUCAAUGUCAUCCCCCACCAUCGCGAGUUCCCCACGUGGAUCAAUCGCAACCUCAACAACAACGUCACCGAGUUCAAGGCUCUCAAACAGGAUAUGAAGAAACACCUAGACCGGAUGGAUAACAUAAAGCGAAUCAUCUCUGAAGACAACAUCAAAAACAAUACACAACCUCCUGUCGAAAACAAUAUACCCUCUUCUCCUCCUCUUCGUAUUGCAACCACUACAAAGGAUUCCCCUCCGACUCAGGACGCAGCAGGAGCAGCAGCAGCAGUAGUAACAGGAGCAGCUAUGGCAUCCAACGGACAUUCUGCCGCUAUAUCGAUAAAACAGCCCCCACCCCGUCCUGCUAAACCGAAAGAUCUCAAAAACUAUCAUCACGACGCAAGAAAGUCGACAGACAGACCACCAUCCCGAGGACUUCCCAUCAUCACGACUACCGCAACAUCGGUUUCGAGGUCAUCCCAUGAUCUUCUGAAGGAACGUUUUGAGAAACUCAGGGACUCAGCCAAUGGCCCUCCGUCCAGUCAUUCUCGAAUAUCAAUAGCGGACCCAGCGGGCAUGCGUCGACGUCUCCCUAGCAUACCUGGCAUGCCUAGCGUAUCAACCGACGAAUCCUCACUUCCUCGACCACCUUCACCAACUUACUCACCGGUACGACAGUAUCCUGACGGUUCAUCAUAUUUCCCUGUCCCUGGAGACUCGCAGGCUAGGCCCCUUGUUCGAGCUGCUUCCAACACUUCUCUCGACGGCUAUGCUCGUCCCAGCAGCACAGCUUCUGCCCCAGUACCACUGCCCUCCACCACACCAACACCGAUGCCCCCUAACAACACUGGUGACACCACAGUAUCUGCUGAGAGGCUGUCCGAAUGGCUCGUAUCGCAUAAGUCAGUCCUAGUCAUCGAUGUGCGGGAACGAACCGAGUUUGACGAAGGCCACAUCUUUACCCGGGAUAUAGUUUGUAUCGAACCUACGGCUUUGCGGGAUAAUAUGUCUGCGGAUCAAUUAGAAGAUGCACUAUCGAUAUCCCCAGACAAGGAGCAGCUCAUGUUCAAAAAAAGGGAUCAGUACGACUUCGUAGUAUACCAUGACCAGUCUUCCUCUGCUCUUACCACAUACCAACGAGGCGCCGACAAGCAACUUCCUCAGCGAGCCCUCAAAGUACUAUUUCAAGCAAUUUAUGAGCUAGCUUACGAUAAGCGGCUAAAAAACCCACCCAAGCUGCUCGUCGGUGGUAUCCAUGCUUGGUCGGAAUUUAACGGUCCAACAUCACUCGUUCAAACAACCCAAUCUACCCAUAAGUCCACUCUGGUUCGAGCGGGCGCAAAAACCUCAACGACAUCCCAGUCCUCUAUUGCGGCGAGGAGAAAGGACAAGAAUAGAAUCACUUUGCUCGGCCAGGUAUUGCCGGAUGGGAAAAGAUCAGAGUUGAGCGAUGCCCAGCCUAUCAACCAGGAGGAGGAGGCUGAAUGGAUUGCACGGUUGCGGAGGGAAAACACAACCAUCAGCGUGAAACGGCCGACGGGGCUCGAUACUACCGACCCCAAGUCGCACAACAGAGCUGCUUCACUCGUUAGUAUGGACUUCGAGCGAUCCCCUGAUAUCGAGGAAUUUUUCCAACGUUUCCCUGCGCUGGGCCAAAACCAUAUGGACUUGCCCGCGCCCCCCGCUAAAGUGCCAUUAUCACCACCCAUUGAAGGCGCUAGCCAACAGGCGGCGGCAUACCCUGUACUCCCUCCGCUGGGAAGUGCCAAUAGGCCCAGCACCUCCCCAGCCCCCAGUAUACACGAAGAGCAGCAGAACCACAUGCCUCCUCCUACACGUGCACCGCCCCCACCCCCAAUCCCCUUAAAAGAGAGCCUUGACACCAACUUGGCGCGAAGAAAUACUAUCAUCGACCACGUCUUCCACGGCUUUACCGAUGUACAAAACCCUUCCUUCCACCCUGUCACUCCAUCCUCACCGUCCCGACCACCGCCAGCAGUUCCUAAAAAGAGCUACAGUGGUGUAUCAGAGCACCACCAACCCCAAGCUCCGGCCCUUGAUUCCAUCAGUGUCCCAUUCAUCACGCCAGCCGGACCAACUGGUUUUGGUACCACCGGUCUUAAGAAUCUCGGAAAUACAUGCUAUAUGAACUCUAUCAUUCAGUGCAUGUCCGGUACCGUUCCGUUAGCUAGAUACUUCCUGAGCGGCUUCUAUAAAGGCCAUCUCAAUCGCGAAAAUCGUCUGGGCUCACGCGGAAUCUUCGCCGAAGCGUUCGCAAACCUCAAUCGCAACCUCUGGGAGGAAACAUACGCCUUCGUAUCUCCCGUUACUAUCAAGGAUAUAUCAGGGCGUCUAAACUCCCAGUUCCGCGGUAAAGAUCAGCAGGACGCGCAAGAGUACCUCGAAUUCUUCCUAGAUUAUCUCCAUGAAGAUUUAAACGCCAAUGCGGGAAAGCCAAGGCUUCGAGAGCUUACAGAUGAUGAAGAGAAGAGGCGUGAAGAGCUACCAGUCCAACUCGCCUCGUAUUAUGAGUGGGAGCGAUAUGUCCACACCAACCUCAGUAUGAUUGUGAAGUGGUUCCAAGGACAAUUUCGUAGCCGGCUAAAGUGCCUGAAGUGUGGACACACCAGUACGACUUAUUCUCCAUUUAUGUACCUUUCGCUUCCUAUUCCUGCGAAGGCAGGACCAAACGGGUGUACGCUGAAAGAUUGCAUGGAUGAGUUUACGAAGGAAGAGAUUUUAGACGGCGAUGACGCAUGGCAUUGUCCUGUUUGUAAGAAACCACGAAAGGCUAGUAAGCAGCUCAGCAUCUCCAGGAUGCCGGUGGUGCUCAUCAUCCAUCUUAAAAGGUUUAGCAAUCACGGAAUGUGGAGGGAUAAAGUCAACACGCUUGUCAAUUUUGGAAAAUCCGUGGAUCUCACGAGAUAUGUACCACCACCGCUGGAUCCUAAGGAUGUACCGGGCGGUAUGGGGCUACCGAUGGGCUCCGAAGUUACUCCUCCGUUCUAUUAUAGCCUUUAUGCGGUCACAAACCAUUAUGGAAGCUUGACAAGCGGGCACUACACUGCUUUUGUGAGAGUUGGAGGGGGCACAGGAGGUAGGGAAGGGGGUGUUUGGCAUAGGUUCGACGACACGAAGGCGACAAAAAUGGAAACAGAUGAUGUUGUGAAUCGCAAUGCGUACAUAUUGUUCUGGGUUAGGAAUGGAGUUAUGUAA